AUGAAAAAUGUGAUGGUAACUACAGCUGAACUGAAUCCUGAUCAUCAGUCCACGAUCUGUAGCACAUGGGGAAAUUUCCACUUCAAGACCUUUGAUGGUUAUUUUUUUCAACUGCCAGACACAUGUAACUACAUUCUGGCAAGGAUAGUUCAAGAUUUUAACAUCCAAAUGCAAAGAAAGAUUGUAAAUGAUUCAAUAAUUUUCAGCACAAUCAUUAUAGAGUUGGAGGGGACAGUCAUCAAACUCAGUAAUGGCAACAUCAUUAUGGAUGACCAAGUGGUGUCUAAGGCAACCUAUAAGAAUGGAAUUACAAUCGAGCUACGCACAUCAAGUGUUAAGAUCUCUAACAAACAUGGAUUGACUGUCUUUUGGGAGAAGCAAAAUUCUAUAUUGAUUGAACUUCCCACAAAGUACCAAGGCCAGACCUCUGGACUCUGUGGAAACUUCAACGGCAACAAGACUGAUGAUGAAAAUGGUGCGGCGACAUGGAAAGAGUCUACUGAAUCCUGUGAGGAAAUUAUACUUCACUCCAAUGAUCAAUGCGAAAACCAGACAAGUAUUUGUCAGCAGUAUCUCAGUAGUUCGGGGUUUGAUGAUUGUCACCGUGUGUUGGACAUGAGUUCAUUUGAAAAGGCCUGCGUAAACGACCUGUGUCAAUGUUAUGGCAGCCACGACUGUCUCUGCAACACACUCACAGAGAUUUCACGACAGUGCACACAUGCAGGUGGCAGACCGGGAACAUGGAGAACAGACCAGCUCUGUCCAAAGAAAUGCCCACUAAACAUGGAAUACUUGGAAUGUGGCAGUCCAUGCAGAGACACCUGCACUGACACAGACGGAAGCAUGUUGUGUAAAGAACACUGUGUGGAUGGCUGUUUCUGCCCUGAUGGUACUGUGGAAGAUGAUAUCGGUCAUAGCGGUUGUAUAUCUGUGAACAAGUGCCCAUGUGUGCAUGAUGGCACAAUAUACCAAUCGGGAAAAUCAUACACACAAGCGUGUAAAACAUGUGCGUGUAUUGCUGGAUUUUGGAAUUGCACGGAUCUGGAAUGUCCUGGAAUCUGCUCUGUUGUUGGAGGGUCUCACAUCACCACUUAUGAUGGAAAAAGCUUCACCUUCAGCGGCAACUGUGAUUACAUUCUCACUAAGCACUCUAAUGACAAUGAUAUUGCUGUUCUGGGCAAUCUGGCAAAGUGUGAUUCAAGCUCAACAGACACAUGCCUUAAAUCUAUAAGCCUUGUCAUCUCAGGGACCACUAUUAGUUUUUCCUCCAUUGGGGCUAUCACACUGAAUGGAAAGAGUACAUAUAGCCUUCCUGUCAAAGAUGGUGUGGUCAUCUUCCAGCCCUCAUCCUCCUUCAUUAUUGCUGAUUUGAAGAGUCUUCGUCUAGAGAUCCAGCUGGCUCCAGUCAUGCAGUUGUAUAUUGUAGCCGGCCCUAAAGAGAAAGGGAAACUCAGUGGUCUUUGUGGAAACUAUAACGAUGUCCAAAUAGAUGACUUUAAAACCGAAUCAGAUAUUAUAGAGGGGACACCAACAACCUUUAUCAAUUUUUGGAAGCACAUGAACAGCUGUCCAGAUCUUGACAACACAUUUAUUUUAGAAAGCCCCUGUAGCGUGAGUGUACAAAAAGAUAAAAUGGCUAAAGAAUGGUGCAUCCAGCUUACAAACCCAAAUGGAACAUUUGCCCCAUGCCAUUCAGUAAUAUGUCCUGAGAUUUAUUAUCAAAGGUGCGUCUAUGACACCUGCAAGUGUGCAGAUAUUAAGAAGUGUAUGUGUGCAGCCCUGUCUACCUAUGCCCACGCCUGUGCUGCCAGAGGUGUCAUUAUUCAGGGAUGGAUGGAUUCCUACCCCUGCGACACAAUUUCGAAGUGUUCAAACAACAUGAAGUACUCCUACAGUGUGACCAGCUGUGGCAGCACCUGCCGUUCUCUCAGUCAGCAGGAUUAUACCUGUACAGUGUCCACACCUGUAGAUGGAUGUGUCUGUCCUGAGAACACCUACCUCAAUGAUGCAGGCAGCUGUGUGCAUGCUGACCAAUGUCCUUGUUACUCUGGAAGCCAGGUCAUAGAGCCAUCAGGGAUAAUUUACAAGGAUGGUGAAAAAUGCACCUGCAAUCGUGGCUCUUUAAAGUGCUCCAGCCUAGAAGACUGUGUGGCUCCUGUGGUCUUUUUCAACUGCUCAAAGUACGAACCAGGACAAAAAGGAAAAGAAUGUGAGAGGACAUGUCAGAACAAAGACACAAACAAUUGUGUGAGCACAGGGUGUAAAUCAGGAUGUAUGUGCCCAGAUGAUCUUCUGGCUGAUGGUAAAGGUGGGUGUGUGCAAAAAGAAAACUGUCCCUGUGUCCUUAAUGAAGUCACAUAUUCACCUGGGAAGCAGGUUCAACAGGACUGUAACACCUGCACAUGUAAAGAUGGCAAGUGGACUUGUACAAAUAAAGAUUGUUAUGGCACAUGCACCGUCUAUGGCGAAGGUCAUUUUAAGACAUUUGACGGAGCGAGAUAUUCUUUCCACAAAGACUGUGAAUACAUCUUAGCUCAUGAUUAUUGCAAUGAGAACCACAGUCCCUCUUUCCGCCUCAUCACAGAGAACAUGCCCUGUGGCACCACCAAUACUAUUUGCUCCAAGUCCAUCAGUCUCUUCAUUGGGACAGACAAAAUUAUUUUAUCCGAAGAGAAAGGAGUCAUUGUUGAAAGCAACAAGACUGAUCAAUAUAAAAUCCGUUCUGCUGGGAUCUACAUUAUAAUCGAGGUCAGAAAUCUUUUAAACUUAAUCUGGGACAAUAAAACAAGUCUGAUGCUCCAACUCCAUACCAAUUUAAAGGAAAAGGUGUGUGGACUGUGUGGAAACUUUGAUGGUAAAGCAAAUAAUGACUUUGUAAAGCAUGAUGGAGGAGAGGUGACAGAUGCAGAGGAAUUUGGCAAUAGCUGGAAAGUUAAUCCCAGCUGCCCAGAUGUAACAAACCCGAUGGACAUUUGUGAAAAAAAUCUUCAUCGGAGUGCCUGGGUUGAAAAACAAUGCGGCAUCAUCACAAGUGAUGUUUUUAAGGACUGCAUUUCUCUUGUGGACCCUUUACCAUACUAUGAUGCCUGUAAAAAGGACACCUGUGCAUGUAUUACUGGGGGUGAUUGCGAUUGUUUCUGCACUGUGGUGGCAGCCUAUGCUGCUGAAUGCCGUAAAAUGGGAGCUUGUGUGGCAUGGCGGAGCCCAAAUAUUUGCCCUUUGUUCUGUGAUUACUACAACCCUUUGGGAGAAUGUGAGUGGCACUAUAAACCCUGUGGAUCGCCCUGUAUAAAAACCUGCAGAAACCCGUCAGGGACCUGUUCUGAUCAAAUUCCUCUUGUUGAAGGAUGUUUUCUUGAGUGCCCUUCGGAGCGGCCAUAUCUUUUGGAACAGGACAUGACAUGUGUUCCAAUAUGUGACUUGACUACUACUACUACAACGGCUACAACAACACCUACCUCAACCAAACCUCCAUCUACAACUACAACAACCACUGUCACCCCAACAUCUACAUCAACAGAAACAUUUACUACUACAACUAAUACAGUGACAACCACAACUCCAAAAAUUACAACCACUCCUAUACCCACACCUACAUCAACAUCUAUAAUUACUGCUACCACUACUACGACCACUCCCACAACUACUGUAACACCAACACCUACCGAGACAGAAACAGUGACUUCUACUACAACGGCUACAACAACAACUACUUCAACUGAAAGUCAAUCUACAACUACAACAACCACUGUCACAUCAACAUCUACAUCAACAGAAACAUUUACUACUACAACUAAUACGGUGACAACCACAACUCCAACAAUUACAACCACUCCUAUACCCACACCUACAUCAACACCUGUAAGUACUUCUACCACUACUAUGACCCCUGAAAUCUGCAUUUGUGAUUGGUCAGGUUGGUUCGACAACCAAAAACCCAGCAGAGACAAGAAAGGAAUUGAAAUUGAAUCCAUCAAUGAAUUGUGGGAAAAGAAAAAAAUAACCUGUCAGAGACCAUAUGAUAUUGAAUGUAAGGCAGUAGAUUAUGAAGAUAAAGACUUGGCAACAUUGGGACAAAGAGUCUCUUGCAAUACAUCUUUUGGUCUGUUAUGUUCAAACAAAGAUAAUUUAAAAAAUGUGCCACCAUUAUGCCAUAAUCAUAAAAUACGUGUACUGUGUUGCCCACAUCAUUGUUCAUCCACAUCUACAUCAACAACUAUAAUUACUGCUACCACUACUACGACCACUCCCACAACUACUGUAACACCAACACCUACCGAGACAGAAACAGUGACUUCUACUACAACGGCUACAACAACAACUACUUCAACUGAAACUCAAUCUACAACUACAACAACCACUGUCACACCAACAUCUACACCAACAGAAACAUUUACUACUACAACUAAUACAGUGACAACCACAACUCCAACAAUUACAACCACUCCUAUACCCACACCUACAUCAACACCUGUAAGUACUUCUACCACUACUAUGACCCCUGAAAUCUGCAUUUGUGAUUGGUCAGGUUGGUUCGACAACCAAAAACCCAGCAGAGACAAGAAAGGAAUCGAAAUUGAAUCCAUCAAUGAAUUGUGGGAAAAGAAAAAAAUAACCUGUCAGAGACCAAAUGAUAUUGAAUGUAAGGCAGUAGAUUAUGAAGAUAAAGACUUGGCAACAUUGGGACAAAGAGUCUCUUGCAAUACAUCUUUUGGUCUGUUAUGUUCAAACAAAGAUAAUUUAAAAAAUGUGCCACCAUUAUGCCAUAAUCAUAAAAUACGUGUACUGUGUUGCCCACAUCAUUGUUCAUCCACAUCUACAUCAACACCUAUAAUUACUACUACCACUACUACGACCAUUCCCACAACUACUGUAACACCAACACCUACCGAGACAGAAACAGUGACUUCUACUUCAACCGCUACAACAACAGCUACUUCAACUGAAACUCCAUCUACAACUACAACAACCACUGUCACACCAACAUCUACAUCAACAGAAACAUUUACUACUACAACUAAUACGGUGACAACCACAACUCCAACAAUUACAACCACUCCUAUACCCACACCUACAUCAACACCUGUAAGUACUUCUACCACUACUAUGACCCCUGAAAUCUGCAUUUGUGAUUGGUCAGGUUGGUUCGACAACCAAAAACCCAGCAGAGACAAGAAAGGAAUCGAAAUUGAAUCCAUCAAUGAAUUGUGGGAAAAGAAAAAAAUAACCUGUCAGAGACCAUAUGAUAUUGAAUGUAAGGCAGUAGAUUAUGAAGAUAAAGACUUGGCAACAUUGGGACAAAGAGUCUCUUGCAAUACAUCUUUUGGUCUGUUAUGUUCAAACAAAGAUAAUUUAAAAAAUGUGCCACCAUUAUGCCAUAAUCAUAAAAUACGUGUACUGUGUUGCCCACAUCAUUGUUCAUCCACAUCUACAUCAACAACUAUAAUUACUGCUACCACUACUACAACCACUCCCACAACUACUGUAACACCAACACCUACCGAGACAGAAACAGUGACUUCUACUACAACGGCUACAACAACAACUACUUCAACUGAAACUCAAUCUACAACUACAACAACCACUGUCACACCAACAUCUACACCAACAGAAACAUUUACUACUACAACUAAUACAGUGACAACCACAACUCCAAAAAUUACAACCACUCCUAUACCCACACCUACAUCAACAUCUAUAAUUACUACUACCACUACUACGACCACUCCCACAACUACUGUAACACCAACACCUACUGAGACAGAAACAGUGACUUCUACUACAACGGCUACAACAACAACUACUUCAACUGAAACUCAAUCUACAACUACAACAACCACUGUCACAUCAACAUCUACAUCAACAGAAACAUUUACUACUACAACUAAUACAGUGACAACCACAACUCCAACAAUUACAACCACUCCUAUACCCACACCUACAUCAACACCUGUAAGUACUUCUACCACUACUAUGACCCCUGAAAUCUGCAUUUGUGAUUGGUCAGGUUGGUUCGACAACCAAAAACCCAGCAGAGACAAGAAAGGAAUCGAAAUUGAAUCCAUCAAUGAAUUGUGGGAAAAGAAAAAAAUAACCUGUCAGAGACCAUAUGAUAUUGAAUGUAAGGCAGUAGAUUAUGAAGAUAAAGACUUGGCAACAUUGGGACAAAGAGUCUCUUGCAAUACAUCUUUUGGUCUGUUAUGUUCAAACAAAGAUAAUUUAAAAAAUGUGCCACCAUUAUGCCAUAAUCAUAAAAUACGUGUACUGUGUUGCCCACAUCAUUGUUCAUCCACAUCUACAUCAACAACUAUAAUUACUGCUACCACUACUACAACCACUCCCACAACUACUGUAACACCAACACCUACCGAGACAGAAACAGUGACUUCUACUUCAACGGCUACAACAACAACUACUUCAACUGAAACUCCAUCUACAACUACAUCAACUAGUGUCACACCAACAUCUACAUCAACAGAAACAUUUACUACUACAACUAAUACAGUGACAACCACAACUCCAACAAUUACAACCACUCCUAUUCCCACACCUACAUCAACACCUAUAAUUACUACUACCACUACUACGACCAUUCCCACAACUACUGUAACACCAACACCUACCGAGACAGAAACAGUGACUUCUACUUCAACCGCUACAACAACAGCUACUUCAACUGAACCUCCAUCUACAACAACACCUACCUCAACAGAACCAUCAUCUACAAAUAAAACAAUAACACCUACAAAAACGUCAACAACUGCCACUUCUUCAACAAUGUUCAUUUUCCCACAUUUCAACUCCACAACACCUAAACAUGAGAUGGAAAGUACAACACCAACUACAGUCAUCACUCCCAGUUCCACCCAAUGUUACUGCACCUACAAAAAUACAAAAUACCAAGCAGGGUCUACAAUCAAAAGUCAACCGGAUAAAGAGUCCUGGUGCAAUAUUACUUACUGCAACUCCUCUUGUUAUAUUGUGGAAGAGAUUCGAAAAUGCUUUGAACACUGUCUCAAUGGCACCCAAAUGCAGACAGAUAAAUGUACUAUCAAUACCUGCAUAAAUGGGAAUGUCAUAUCAGAACCUGUAAAAUGUGACCCAAAUCCUGCUGUCAUGCCUUCCUGUGUCAAUGGACUUGAUCCUGUGAAAGUGUAUUAUAACAAUGGCUGUUGCUUCAAGUAUGAGUGUGAAUGUUACUGCACUGGCUGGGGUGACCCUCAUUACCAAACUUUUGAUGGGACAUAUUAUACUUUCCAAGGAAACUGCACCUAUGUGUUGGUCCAAGAAAUCAUUCCAAGAUAUAAUAUCAGCGUCCAUAUUAAAAACUAUUAUUGUGAUGUUAAAAAUGGCCUUGCUUGUCCUGAGUAUGUGAUUGUGAAUUACAAAUCCUAUCAAAUUAAGCUCACAAGUAAUAGUAAAGUGGUCCAGGUCUACAUUAAUGAAGAAAACAAGAAGCCAACAAUCAUAAAUGAAUUCUUCACCAUCACCAGUGUUGACAUGGCAGUGCUUGUGAACAUCACUGAAAUCAAAGCUGAGAUUAAAGUCAAUAACCUUGGCUUUAAUAUCAAACUCCCAUUCUCCUACUUCCAUGGUAAUACAGAAGGACAAUGUGGCUUUUGUGACAACAAAACUGAAAAUGACUGCAGACUUCCUUAUGGAAGAGUUGACCAAUCAUGUGAGCACAUAGCACAAUUUUGGAUGGUCCCCCCAGGGUGCAAAACCCCUCCACCUCCUCCUCCACCUCCACCUCCACCUACACCCCCAACUAUCUGUAAUUUCAUCAAGGGCAAAUUGUUUAAGGGCUGCCAUAAGGUUGUUCCUCAGCAAAGCUAUUAUGAGGCAUGUAUAUACGAUGUGACCAGAAUGAAAAAUGACUCUUUUGCCUGCUCCACUCUGGAGGCCUACGCCCAACUAUGUGGCCAGAAGUCUGUCUGUGUGGACUGGAGAAACUCACCUGAGCUCAAAGGGCUAUGUGAAUAUAAGUGCCCCAUGCAAAAGGUCUACAAGGCAUGUGGGCCUAAAGUGGAAAAAACCUGCAGUACAAGUUCCAAUUUUCUGGUUUUGGGGGCAGAAUGUCAAGGAAAAUAUUGUAAGCAAACAGUGACAGAAGGUUGUUACUGUCCUGAUAACACAUUUCUGGUUAAUCUAACAUCAGAUAUAUGUACAGCUUACUGCGAUUGCAUUGGCCCUGAUCAAACACCUAAAAUGCCUGGCGAUACAUGGGCCAAUAACUGUGUCACAUAUAGGUGCACUAAACUGGGCACUCUUGUGAAAGAGCCUUUCAUGUGUCCAACUAAAAAGCCCUGUGACAUCGGAUACAAAAACAUCACUGAAAAUUGCUGCCCAACCUGUGUGUGUGAUUUCGAGCAGUGUCUUAACAGCAGAUGUGAGGUGGGAUAUGAGUUUGCAAAAAAUAAAACUAAGGGAAGUUGCUGUCCACCCUGUGUGCCCAAAGAUGUCUGUGUGUACGAAAAUACUGAGUACAAGCCUGGCGUUACAUUCCCCUCAGACCCUUGUCUGGAAUGUAACUGUACAAUGAAUAUAGACCAACAGACUAAACUACAUGUUGUGACUUGUGCCAAGAAAGACUGCAACAAUUGCUCUGAGGGUUUUGAAUAUGUGAAACAAGAAGGAGAGUGCUGUGGAACAUGUAAGCAGAUAAAAUGUAUUUAUCAAAUGCCAGACAACACCAGCCGUAUUCUCGAGGUUGGAGAAAUGCAAAAUUACACAUGUCAAACCAUUUCGUGCCGCAAAGUUGAUGGCUUAAUUGUUACAGAGAGCACCAAAAUGAACUGCCCUGUCUCAGCUUCCACUGAUUGUAAGCCUGGGUAUGAAUAUGUUAAACAAGAAGGAGACUGCUGUGGAACAUGUAUACCCAUAGGCUGUGUUUAUAAAGCACCAGAUGACACCAGCCUUGUUCUCAAGGUUGGAGAUGAGUACGAGCACAAAUGUGAGAGAGCUACCUGCCAUAAAAUUAAUGGCUUAGUUGAAAUAUUUGUGACCAAAAAAGUCUGCCCUUACUUUAAUCAAGAUGACUGUAAGCCUGGUUCUGAAUAUGUGAAACAAGAAGGAGACUGCUGUGGAACAUGUAAGCCAAGAGGAUGUGUUUAUUAUGCGAAAGACAACACCAGCCAUGUUCUCAAGAAUGGAGAAGAGUACAUCGAAAAUUGUACAAGUGUUACCUGCCAUGAAAUUAAUGGCUCAUUUGUGAUAUUUGAGACUGAAAAAGUAUGCCCCUACUUUAAUCAAGAUGACUGUAACCCUGAAACAGUGCGAUAUGACACAAAUCAAUGUUGCAAGAUCUGUGAGCCAAAGAACUGCGUUCGAGUGAAGAACACCACCAAUGUGCAUGCAAAUAAUUGUAAAUCCAUUGAGGCUGUUGAAGUGCCAUUCUGCAGUGGCCACUGUGACACCCAAUCAAUGUAUUCUGUGCAAAUGAAUGCCAUGAUGCACAGCUGUUCUUGCUGCCGGGAGGAGAAAACCAGCCGUAAAAAUGUGAAGCUGAAGUGUCCCGAUGACAGUGAGAUCCUUUAUCACUACGACUAUGUUGAAAGCUGCAGAUGCACUCCUACAGAGUGUGAAAACCAGAAGACUUAAGGAUGAAUGAUCUUGUUUCAUAUCCGCCUGAUCUUAACUUGAUUAUUGCAGAUUUGAGCAUGACUGAAUCUGUCGCUAUGAGAAAUAUAUAACAGAAAAUUACAAUACUGAUGAUUUAAACUGUGUGAGACUUUCGCAGUGCAUAACUGGCAAACAUUAUUAUGGCCAUUACAUUUUCUUCACUUUUUUAAUUUAGGUGUAUGGUUUAUUCUAAUGAUAUUCUUGUUCUUACGUAUAUAAAAAAAAAAAAAAAAAAAACAUUUCUUCUUUCUUUCUUUAUGCUGUUUGGUAAUGCAUAAUAUAAUGAUCCAUAUUUCCUUGUAAUGAAAUUAGUUAUGAUUACAAUAAAGCAUAAUA